AUGGCAAAAAACUGGUCAGAACUACAGAUAAUAGCUCCUGGAAAAGAAGGCGGUGAUGGUUUUGCUAGGUUGUGCGAAUAUUGUUAUUAUUGUUGUUGUUGUGGUGAGGAAGAAGAUGAAACGUUCUCGGGAAAUUAUGAACGGGGAAGUUGUGGAGCCAAGAGAUUGACUAUGUCAUGUUAUUUGUCGGGCUCUAUUAGAUGA